UCCUGUACGUUGUGUUUGGAGUUUGACCCAGAGAAAACAACGGACAGGCAGAUAUUACAAAAGCGAAAGGGAAUAAUGACUUGGGACACCGAUUAGCAAAGAAACAGAUAUUUCUCGAAGCCUUUUCACCUGGAGGAUUUAUAAGAAACUGGUGUAUUCGUGGCAAAGCCAUGGAGCCAUCGAUGACUGGCAACUCACCCGCCCCAAAACCCAGCCCCUCGUCUCCCACCACCCUCAGGGCGGGCCUUUCCUCAUCCAACUCAUCUGCUACUACAACCACACCAACCUCAGACCGGCCUAAACCUAAACUUACCAUGCCAACACCUCCAGCCACACCCUCAUCUUCCCCCUCCACUGCCGCCCCUCGGACUUCUCCGGGUCUUUCUUCCCGCUCUUCCUCCCUGUCCACGCCGCCUGCCUCGCCUCUCCGCCAGCCUAUCAGGAGCCUCUCUCAGGUGGGCAGAUCUCAGCUCAACGCAGCCUCUACAGGAUCAUCAGCUGCUGCCACGGCUCCUCAGCCUCCUCUCACACCUGAGCCAGAGGAGCCAGAGGAGGAGGUCAGUUUUGAAGAUCUGGAGGUGAGAGCAAAGUCAGGAGAUGCCAAAGCACAGACCAAGAUGGGGCGAUACUUCCUGGCCCUGGCAGAAGAAAGGGAUGAGGAGCUGAACAACUGCACAGCGGUCACAUGGCUGGUCCAGGCUGCUAAACAAGGCCGCAAGGACGCCGUCAGGCUGCUGCAGCAGUGCUUAGCCUCCAGGAGAGGCAUCACUUUGGAGAACUUUGAGGAGGUGAAGAAGCUGUGUACAGAGACACGUUUCGAGAGAGGAGUUAGGAAAGCGGCUCUGCUUAUGUACUGGAAGUUGAAUCCAGAGAGGAAGAGGUCAGUGGCUGUUUCCGAGAUGCUGGAGAACGUUGAACACGUCCACACAGAGCCAGGGAAACCAGUCUCCCCUGGUCCACUUAACAGCUCUGCCAAGAAACAGAGGAGAGUCUUAGAGACAAUGGUCACCAGUGAGGCCAGUUCCAAUGUCGGUCUUGACGAUUUUGUUGAGAUGACUAAGAAGUAUGCUCAGGGUAUUGCACCGUCACCGGUCAUGGCUGCUGCAGGAACCGAUGAUGAAGACGAUGACGUAGUAGUGAAGAACCCAGACGAGUUGCCCCUGAACCAAAAGCUGCUGAAGUUCCCCCUGUAUGCUCUGCUGGAGAUCAAGGAGCAUCUUAUCGACUGGGCGUCACGGGCUGGCAUGCAGUGGCUCAGCGCGUUAAUCCCCACCCACCAUGUCAACGCGCUUAUCUUCUUCUUUAUCAUCUCCAACCUCACAAUCGAGUUCUUCAUCUUCCUCAUCCCUCUGCUCAUGUUCUACCUCUCCUUCUUUUCCAUGGUCAUCUGCACGCUGCGGGUAUUUCAGAAUUCAAAAGCAUGGGAAAACUUUCGGGCUCUGACAGACCUGCUGUCUCACUUUGAACCCGGUCUCGAUCUGGAGCAGGCUGAGACCAACUUUGGAUGGACACACUUAGAGCCCUAUCUGUACUUCCUGCUCUCAGUGGUCUUUGUGGUUUUCUCCUUCCCUGUUGCUGAUAAAUCAUGGAUCCCCUGCUCAGAGUUGGCUGCCAUCGCGCUCUUCUUCACCGUCACCGCCUUCCUCAGCCUUCAUGCCUCUGCCCAGCUCUUUGCUCGUAAAGCCCUCCUCACAGAGGUCCUCUCUGGUGCCUGCUCCCUCACUGUGCUCCUGCCAGACUCACUCUGGUUCCUCAGGGUCUUUGGGGUGACAUUCAUCACUGUGCCUCUAGGGGACAUCAUGGCGUUAAACCUGGGGAUGCCGUGUCUGCUAUAUGGACACCUUUUCUAUCUCCUCUUCCGUAUGGCCCAGCUGAGAGGCUUCAAGGGCACCUACCUGUGCCUGGUGCCCUACCUGGUCUGCUUCACCUGGUGUGAGCUCUGCUUGGUGUUCCUCAAUAACGCCACUGCAAUAGGACUCAUCCGCACCUGUGUGGGCUACUUCCUCUUCCUCUUCGCUCUCCCUAUACUCUCACUGGGCCUGGCUGCAAUGCUCAUCAUCCAGUUACUGCAGUGGUUCCUCGCCCUGGAACUGACCAAGAUGGUGGUCACACUAACAAUUUGCUUUGUGCCAGUUGUGCUGAGGCUUUGGACUCGCUUCAGCCUCAACCCCAUCGUGGUUCUUCGGUCUUUGUCACGAAGCAGCAUCGUCAAGCUCAUCCUGGUGUGGCUCAGUGCGGUGGUGCUGUUCUGCUGGAUGUACGUCUACAGGUCUGAAGGCAUGAAGGUGUAUAACUCCACCCUGACGUGGCCUGAGUACAGCAACCUCUGCGGUCCUCUGGCCUGGAAAGAGUCCAACAUGGCCCAAACUCAGAUUCUAUGCUCUCAUCUCGAAGGACAUCGUGUCACCUGGACCGGACGCUUCAAAUACGUCCGUGUGACUGACAUUGAGAACGGGCCGCAGUCGGUCAUCAACCUGCUCCCUGUGGUUGUGGGGAACUGGAUGCGGUGCCUGUAUGGUGAGCCGUAUCCUUUGUGUGGGGAGGAUAAAAAUGCCACAGCUGAGCACCAGCCCCUGCCUGCCCCGGCUCCUCCUCCCGAAGACCCCCUCUGUAAACUUAAAAAACUGGCCAAGCAUGAAUGCCACAUCAAACGCUUUGAUCGGUACAAAUUCGAAGUCACAAUGGGAAUGCCGCUGGAGAGGAAGACCAAGAACGGGACAAUCGUAGAGGACGAAGACGCGACGAAGGACAUAGUCCUGCGGGCUAGUAAUGAAUUUAAGUCUGUGCUUUUGCACCUAAACACAGGAAGCCUGGUGGAGUUUAGCACCAUACUGGAGGGACGUUUAGGCUCCAAAUGGCCCGUGUUUGAACUGAAAGCCAUUCACUGCAUGUCGUGCGUUGGUGCCAGCGUGCCCAGCCGCAGGCAGUAUAAGAUCGAACACGACUGGAGGCGCACGGCUCAGAACGCCCUGCAGUUUGGUUUUGACUUCUUCUUCAACCCUUUCUUGACCGUGCAGCUCGAGCAACACUCAGACACAGAGACGGAAACACAGGCUGUGGCGCAGGAGGGGGGAUAGAAGGGAACGAGAUCUGGCAGACACACCUCUGGGAGAAAAGGAUAAUUGAUGCUAAGAUGUGAGAUAAAACGUGUGUAAUGAUAAUACUAUCUUCAGCGGAAGAACAUCAAAGAAUGUACACUUCUGUUCUUAACAGAAUCUAAUUGCAAUAUUAUGGAGAGUUACUUAUUAUAGAAGAGUGGACAGAUGCUCAAAUAUUUAUGGUAUCUAUUCUGAACUGAGGGAGUUUGUUUGCAGUCUUAGAGCUGAUGAGCCUUUAUGCGUGAGAAUACAUAAUAUAAUGACAAUGAAAUUUACAAGGGGGAGAAACAGAGACUAAUGAGCUUUUUUCUUUUAAGUAAUUUCCUGCCUAACACUAAAGUAAGGAAACCAUGAUCCAAACCUCCAUAAACAUUUCAUCCCAUUUAAGCUGCACUUGUGCUCACCACAGUGAGUCUGUCAAUGAAGUCAUUUUGAUUUUGUUUGCGUGUACAAACACUAUGUCUGCUACAAUUUUACAUAUGUUGGUCAAUAUCAUGACACAUUUUGUUGCCAAAAUCAUCAGUGUUGACAUUUUACACUUUCCCUGUUGAAGUGGGCUCUCGUUUCCUUGUUGUGUGUGUGUGGGGCCUACAAAUGAUAGAUGGAGAUGAAGUUUUGGGGGUUUUUUUUGGUCAUUCUGGUGAUAGCACAUAAUUGCUUUCUUUGCUGACAAGCUUUAAUCGUUUAAAACUAUUCAGUACUGUACAUGUUCAUCAUGUAGUUUGGAAGUGGUUGGUACUGGAAGUUAUUUUCAAGUGCCUUAAAAGACAUAGACUCAGUUCAUUAAUAAUUUGGGAGAGUACAGACUAAAUCACGUGUUUAAGCCUUUACCUUUAAAAUGUUCACCUGCAUCUGCGCUUGUAUUUAUUACAGAGCAGUUAUCCAUGUGUCUUGCUGUUUCUCCUCUGGUUUGUCUCCAUCUCUGCUGUGCAGGGAUUUAAUAUAUUGAACAUUUGCAGCCCCUGAGUGAUGAUGUGUUUUAAAAUAGGAUGUCACUACUGUUUUCUAUUACUGUGACCCA